AUGCUAAGACUUACCCCUCCUUCGAAGCCAUUUUGGAGGCAAUGGAUCGUGAUAAGCACAAUCCCAGUUGAAACUACCAAGGAGGCCCUUAGAGGUUACUUCGCAGAUCUCAACGAUCUUAUGCAAAUGGAGGCUGAUUGUGAAGCUCUGGUCCAACAGCGACAACAACAAGAACAAGAAGACGUAGAAGAAGAAGACGUCGAAGAAGAAGUUGUCUACUUGACUCCUACUAAAGAUGAAGCUUAUAUCCGUAACUACAACGAGCAGCAACUAGAGCAAAUUAUCAACCACGCAAUCAGUGGAACCCCCUUUGAAGCUUUGGACCAAAAAUUAAUCAAGUCCAUCCGAGCUAUCCUGUGUGCAUACUUGCAUUACAAGAAUAGUGGUAGCCUUGAUCAACUUGGCUACAAGAGAAAACUGAAUGAAUUGGCUAAAGUUGGAUUGCUAAGAUCUGCCAAGCCUAGCCAUACAAUAACCAUCGGUUAUCGUAUGCUGGCUUUCUAUAAGCAAGCUGGCGCCUAGCCAAUCCUCUUUUCAGACAAGUUUAACUGGCCUUUCUUCCUCUCUUUCUCCUCAGACAACUAGGCCUAUUUGGAGGAAAAUGACUUUUCUCCUUUGCGUCCUUUGAUUACACCAAUAAUUCCUACAAUGAACUACUUAACAUCAUUCGAGAAUGUUGGCUUCUUCCUACAUUAUAUUCAGUCAUUAGUAAAUAUGAUGGCUGAAGCUAAGAGUCAGAACGUGCCUAUGGCCGUUAUUAUCAUACUUUUGGUCAUUAGAGAAUACAUUUUGUCUCUCUCUCUCCCUUUCCAUCAUAACUUUCUUCUCUUUUUCCACCAAAUAAAAUCAUCAAUG